AUGGCGGAGCGGCGGCGCGCGUGGAACACGGAGGACGACCUGCCCGUGUACCUGGCGCGGCCGGGCAGCGCGGCGCAGACCCCGCGCCAGAAGUACGGCGGCAUGUUCGCGGCGGUGGAGGGCGCCUACGAGAACAAGACCAUCGACUUCGACGCCUACAGCGUGGGCCGCCGCGGCUCGGCGCGCACCCCGCGCGGCUCCGGCCGGCCCGACGCCGUGGGCCUGCCCGGCCCGGGCGGCAGCGAGGACACGGCCAGCGACGUGAGCGAGCCCUCGGGCUCUGCAGUCAGCUCCCCCGGAGAGCGCGACGAGAGACCCGCCCUGCGCAUCCGCUGCCCGGCGCCCCGAGACCUGCCGCUCGGCCGGGACAAUGGCCAGAGUGACCGGCUCCUUAUCAAAGGUGGACGCAUCAUCAAUGAUGACCAGUCCUUUUACGCCGAUGUCUACCUAGAAGAUGGACUCAUAAAACAAAUAGGAGAGAACCUGAUCGUUCCUGGUGGAGUGAAGACCAUUGAGGCCAACGGGCGGAUGGUCAUUCCCGGGGGCAUCGAUGUCAACACGUACCUACAGAAGCCCUCCCAGGGCUUGACUGCAGCUGACGACUUCUUCCAGGGGACCAAGGCAGCACUGGCAGGAGGGACCACGAUGAUCAUUGAUCAUGUUGUUCCUGAGCCUGGGUCCAGCCUGCUGACUUCCUUUGAGAAGUGGCACGAAGCAGCAGACACCAAAUCCUGCUGUGAUUACUCCCUCCACGUGGACCUCACAGGCUGGUGCGAUGGUGUUCGGGAGGAGCUGGAGGUGCUGGUACAGGACAAAGGCGUGAAUUCCUUCCAAGUCUACAUGGCCUAUAAGGAUCUGUAUCAAAUGUCCGACAGCCAGCUCUACGAAGCCUUCACCUUCCUUAAGGGUCUGGGAGCUGUGAUUUUGGUUCAUGCGGAAAAUGGAGACUUGAUAGCUCAGGAACAAAAGCGCAUCUUGGAGAUGGGCAUCACAGGUCCCGAGGGCCAUGCUUUGAGCCGACCCGAGGAGCUGGAGGCUGAGGCUGUGUUCAGGGCCAUUGCCAUCGCUGGCCGGAUCAAUUGCCCUGUGUACAUCACCAAGGUCAUGAGCAAGAGUGCGGCGGACAUUAUAGCCAUGGCCAGGAAGAAAGGCUCCCUCGUCUUUGGCGAACCUAUAGCUGCCAGCCUGGGGACGGACGGCACCCACUACUGGAGCAAGAAUUGGGCUAAGGCAGCAGCGUUCGUGACCUCUCCCCCGCUAAGCCCAGAUCCCACCACACCGGACUACCUGACCUCCCUGCUGGCCUGUGGAGACCUGCAGGUCACAGGCAGUGGCCACUGUCCCUAUAGCACCGCCCAGAAGGCGGUGGGUAAGGACAACUUUACCUUGAUCCCCGAAGGCGUCAAUGGCAUAGAGGAGCGGAUGACUGUGGUUUGGGACAAGGCGGUGGCCACUGGCAAGAUGGAUGAGAACCAGUUUGUGGCUGUCACCAGCACCAAUGCAGCCAAGAUCUUUAACCUGUACCCGAGGAAAGGGCGGAUCGCUGUGGGCUCAGAUGCUGACGUGGUCAUCUGGGAUCCUGACAAAAUGAAGACUAUAACAGCUAAAAGCCACAAGUCUACAGUGGAGUACAACAUCUUUGAAGGCAUGGAGUGCCAUGGCUCACCCCUGGUGGUGAUCAGCCAGGGCAAGAUCGUCUUUGAGGACGGAAACAUCAGCGUCAGCAAGGGCAUGGGCCGCUUCAUCCCGCGGAAGCCGUUCCCCGAGCACCUCUACCAGCGCAUCAAGAUCAGGAACAAGGUUUCUGGAUUACACGGGGUUUCCAGGGGCAUGUACGAUGGCCCCGUGUAUGAAGUACCAGCUACACCUAAACACGCAACUCCUGCCCCUUCUGCCAAAUCUUCACCUUCCAAACACCAGCCCCCGCCCAUCAGGAACCUCCACCAGUCCAACUUCAGCUUAUCAGGUGCUCAGAUCGAUGACAACAAUCCCAGGCGCACCGGCCAUCGCAUCGUGGCACCCCCUGGUGGCCGCUCCAAUAUCACCAGCCUUGGCUGACCACGGAUGAGCCUACAUGCCACAGUGAAUGAUUCUGGGAAAAUGUCCAUUCCUUUUCCUGUCUGGGUUUUCAAAGCCCACAGUUUUAGUUGGUACUGAUGGGGGAAAACUGAAUGAUGUUCUUUACUUUUCUGUUUAGGAAGAAGUGGAAUUAGUGUGGUGUGUUUGCUUGGAAAUUUCCUUGCCCAGUGUGUGUUACACUGAAUCCGCCUGAGCGUGGCGGUUCCAUUUUCCCUCCCUAGUGACCCGCAGGUUUAGCAUCGUCUUGUACGCCCUCCACUUCUCUGGGAUUUGAGUGAUGAUUCCUUUGCUCCCUGUAGCUGUUCUAGGAUAGGUGAUGCAUGUUACUAAGUUAUGUAUGCGGCGAGCGAGGCUGAUGGACAUGCCGAGGAGCCAAUUAGACAGAUGCCAAGACCUCAAGCGCCCAGGGGUCAUCCCAGGACCUUUGAAGCCGGUUCCCUGCUGCCCCUCCCCCAUCUUCAAUAGAAAGACACCCUCCCACUCCGAUGCUGGGGGGUCCUGUGGAUACACAGAAUGGCAAGGAGCCUUGCAGUGGUAGAAAGCCAUCACCCAUGUCCAGUGUGUCAGAAACCCUGGUCUUCGUGGUAUCCUUGCCAUGAUGUCUUUUGGUCUGUGUGUUCUUCCAGCCAGCUCUGAGUUCUCCAGUCCAGCCAGGAUCACACCCAGAAAGGGGUGUCCUCCCACCCCAUUCAGGCCCAAGGAUAGUGGGGUGACCACUGGCCCAGGCUGCCUGAGUCCUGUUACCUCUGAGGAGGUCAGCGGGGCAGUCAGAUUUUUAAAGUUUUGUACAGUUUUCCUUUGUAAUCACCUCAUUUUUACUUAAUAACAGACUUGUUUGUGGAUCUUAUUUCUGAAUUCAAAGCUUGUGAAAAAAAAAAUAAAGAAAAUGAAUUGCCCGCUGA